CUCGUCAAUGGACACACAACAUAGAAAUGAAAAAAAAAAACUGAGUGAAAUCCCAUAGACACGUAAACGCAUGAGGUAACUAUAGCACUAGAUGCUUGUAAGAACUUCGUCUCUGAGCAAUGGAGGACGGGAGUGGUGCCCUGUCGCCCGAUUACUACCCAAGACCAAACGAGGAAGAAGUCGAGCGGGAAGCCGCUAGUGAACAAAAGAGAACAACUCGUGCAUGGGACGUGUUAUGUGUACUGUGUAUCAAACUCGAUGCGGCUCUGUGUUGCGGGUUCAUUUUGUGUCGGACUUGCCUCGCGAGCUGUUUCCAGCUCCGACAGUCGGCGUUCACGCGCGUCGCGUAUAUAGGAUUUCUCCUGGGAGGGUGCUUGAUUAGCUGCUUCAUGCUCGCACCUCAGACGCAUUUGCUUCUGGGUGAUCGGUUCUGCCAGAGGAUCACAUACUUCGCGUGCGAUACGCUUCGAGGUUAUUCCGCGGUGUACCGCGUCCUUUCUGCGAUCGCUGUCUUUUUCUUCAUCCUGGCGCUGCUCAUGUUUGGGUUAACCUCAAGUAGAGGUUGGCGCGCGCGGGCAAACAACGGGCUUUGGGCCAUCAAGAUUCUACUACUUUCUAUUCUGACGUUCGCGUUUCUGUUCAUUCCACACUCAGAGUACACGGGGGAAAUCUGGAUGUUUUUUGGACUCAAUGGCGGCUUCACGUUUAUCAUACUGCAGUUUAUGUUACUCAUAGACUUGGUGCACUGUUGGAACACAUCGUGUGUUGAGCGACUCGAUUCGUGUUCGAGUUACAGUCGUGCACGUGUGCUUUACUGCGUGCUUUGGAUCCCAACAAUCCUCCUCUUCACCGCCUCCGUAAUUUCCAUAGUGCUUUUCUUUCACCUGUACGCCGGCACUGGGUGCAGAAACAACACCUUUUUUAUCUGCUUUAAUGUCUAUAUCUGUCUAGCUGCCACUUACAUCUCGGUCAACCCUGUGGUUCAGGAGGCACGCCCGCGAUCUGGACUACUCCAAGCAGCGGUCACUACCAGUUAUAAUACGUACGUCACGUGGUUAGCCCUGUCAAAUGCUCCGGACAAAGUGUGCAACCCGUCCGAGAGUUACCUUUACCCUGGAAGCCCAUUUCAGAACCUACAAUUACUGAUAGGACUAGGGUUCAUGUUUUUUAUAUUGUUAUGUUUUAGCCUGCGUAGAGUCAAGCCACCCCAGUACGGGAAAAUCAAACUGUUCUCUGGAAAACAAAAGGAGGUAGUCCCGGACACGGAGGGAUGCAGUCCCUCAAGACCACACCCAAGGCAAGGGGACGGGGGUAAGCUUCUUAUUGAAGAUGAGCUUAAUGGUGUUGAGUAUAGCUACUCGUUUUUUCACACGCUCUUGUGUCUGGCCGCGCUUUAUUCCAUGAUGACUAUCACGGAUUGGUACAGACCGGAGGAGGGGGAACAUCUCAGCGUCAAGUUGAUAAGCGGAUGGGGCGCGGUGUGGAUUCGGCUUUCCGCCGGGAUCUUCAGUGUGUUUAUCUACAUCUGGACCCUCAUAGCGCCCGUCAUGUUCCCCAACUCAUACAAGGACUUAGUAUUCUUCCAAUUUAUGCUCAGAGUAGAAGAAUGAGUGAUGGUCACGUGCUUAUAGGCAAAGAAUCAAGUUCAUGUACUCAUAUCCCGGGGGGACUCUCCAGACGAACUGAAUUUUUAGGGUAUAAAACUGCUAUUCCUUAGGAGGUUUUUCCUAUUCUGCUUUCCCUAAGGGUUAAAAAAUUUCUUCUACCACACCAAAUUUUCUAUCUCUUAGGGGUAAGAAUUUAUUUCGACCACACCCGAGGUGUUAGGGUUAAAAUUGAUUUUGCCGACGAUCACCCCCGUCUGUUUUUAUCGGAGUCCCCCCCCCUCAGGGACUCAUAUAGUCCAAAAAUUAGGAAUGGUCACGUACUCAUAUAGUCCAAGAAUCAGGAAUGGUCACGUACUCAUAUAGCCCAAGAAUCAGGAAUGGUCACGUACUCAUAUAGUCCAAGAAUCAGGAAUGGUCACGUACUCACGUAGAAUGACAAAUAGUCACACACACUCGGGAUGACAAAUAAUGGACGAAAGUGAGUGGAAGUAGAUUACAAGGAUCCCCUUCAAAAAGAACAACAAAAUUUUAGGGUUUUUUAUGUACAAAAUCAAACAAUUCAGGGAAUAUGAUGAAUUUAACAUUGUUAGUAGAUUGACAACUUGUAAUAAAAUAGAAUGAUAAUA